AUGAAAGAGAGAGACAAUAUACUCAAAAAAAACAAAAACAUGUGUAUAGAAAGAAAAACAUUAAAUAAGAAUAAUAUACUUAUAACAAUAAUAAUAUUACUGACGAUACACAGUAUAUAUGCAAGAUUAGACACAAGAGAUGCUAGUACUAUACAGAAAAUGGAACUAGGAGAUAAAGACAGCCUAGUAGCAAUACACCCAGAAGGCGGGCUUUCUCCAUUCUACCAGUGUAUUAUGGAGAGAAGUGGAUAUAUAAAGAACUUAAGGGGAUAUAUACAUGCCAUAGAUGGGAGUGGAAACCAAGUUGGAGGGUAUGGGUCUACUAUACUCAAUGAGUCUAGUGAAUACAUGCAGGCAUUCACACAGCAGCUGAUUAAUAUGUUUCCAUCAGAAGAUAGAUAUUUAUCUAUUGAGUCAGAGAGCCCAGACUCAUUCACUCGGUUCUUAAGAAGGCAUGAAGACAGGUCAGAUAGUUUAUAUAUUCUUGCUUCUUUAUUUCUUCUCUCUGAAGGGAUAAAUAUUCCUAUUAGAAUAGUGGAGAGUAAAGUGAAUAAAAAGUAA